AAUUGUACAGUUUAUGUCCUGUGCUCACUGUGUCUUAGAAUCACUAUUGUUUUUAGUUUGUGCUCUAAAAUUAUUAACGAAUAAUCAUUCAAGUUUUUCGACAUUGAACUUAUUUGCCAUAGAUGUAACAUCAUGUCCUCAAUUACACCUUAGCCAUCAACUUUUAAACAUGCUGAUGAAUUGGAAUCCUCAUCGUUUUCUUCUGAAGAAUCUGGACACAUAAGAAAAAAGGAAAAAAUCAUAAAAUCCUUAUACUCAGAAAUAUACCGCUGCACAGGAACAAGAACCUGAAUUUAAAGGUUGGCUGAGGAGCAGCAAGAAAGGGUCCAAUUAUGCAU